AAGAGCUAUGGGUUACAAGAGGCUGUGGAUUACUAGGGCCUGGGGGGGGCUGGGCAUCGCUGUGGGUUGGCAGCACAGGUGUCGGCCCUUCUCAGCCCUAUGGACACAGAAACUUACCCCUGGGGGCUCCCUCCUUUCCCAGUGGUUACCCUGCCCCCAGCCCGGUGAGGUAGCCGUGACUCACAUGGGCAGCACCUGGCAUGCCUGGGCCUCUGCAGUUUGACCAACACCGAGCUGUCAUCGAUCACGAGGACUGACCUGCGCCAGAUGUUUCAGACACAGAGCGUGGAGAAUAUCCAGUUCCUGCCCUUCCUUACCACCGAUGUAAACAACUUGAGCUGGCUGAGCUACGGGUGCCUGAAGCAGGACUGGACGCUGAUCACCGUGAACACCAUCGGGGCGGCGCUGCAGACCCUUUACAUCCUGGUGUACUUCUACUUCAGCCCCGAGAAGCGCCGGGUUCUGCUGCAGAGCGUGGCCCUGCUGGGGGUGCUGAUCCUCGGCUACUGUUACUUCAACCUCCUGAUCCCCGACGUGGCCGUGCGCCUGGCCCGCCUGGGGCUCUUCUGCAGCGUCUUCACCAUCAGCAUGUACCUCUCACCCCUGGCUGACCUGGCCAAGAUCGUCCGGACCAGGUCGACCCGGUGCCUGUCCUUCCCGCUGACUGUGGCCACCUUCCUGGCCUCAGCCAGCUGGACGCUGUACGGCUUCCAGCUCAGCGACCUCUACAUCAUGGUCCCUAACAUCCCCGGGAUAGUCACCAGCAUCCUGCGGUUCUGGUUAUUCUGGCAGUUCCCUCCGGACCAGGACAAGCUCUACAAGCCCCUGCAGGCCUGAGACCUGGAACCUGCCGUCUCCGCCGUCCUGGGGCAGGAAGGAGCCUCACUGAGCCCUGGAGGUGGGGAGCCGGCGGCAGGUGCAGACCCAGCUCCUUGGCUCAAGGGCCAAAUGAUUCUGCCCCGACCCCGUAUGUUCACUGACCAAUGAAGGGAGGAGCCAAUGCUCACACUGUGAUUCUACCGCCCUUGCCCCUGCCAGCCACCCCUUAGGCCUGCCUUAGCCAAAGAGCCUACACGGGUACUGCCCCCUGCCUGGGGCUCUGAGGGGUCACGGCUGCCUUCCCAGCUGCCCCUUGCCGCAAGGGAUGCCCCCCCCCCCCCCCCCCCCCCCUCCUC